CAAGAGGACGAGAACACCAUAUAUGCUCAAAAGUUCUGAAGAAUUUUUCAAAGGAUACAUAUUCACAAAAAACAGGAGUUUGCGGCGCUUGAACACUCCAUGUCGGAUUGCUUUCUCUCCCUCUCUGUCACCCGACAGAAGGUUGGGGAGGGGGGUCAAAGUCUAGAAAAGGGGGCCAUGUGGAUGGCUGCUAAUGCUCCAUGAUCCAGGGUGGACUUACACCUGCAGAAGGACACGCAGCGAUGUACUAUUUCCCUCCAUGGAUCUUGUUACUUUAACCCAGGCUUUGCGGGGAUGUUCAAAAGAAUUCCUAUUGGAUUUCAAGGCAAAGUCAGUCUCCUGCCGGGUCAUCAUUGGCGUUCUUCGCAUGUCCAAAGGUGUGAGAGCUGAAAGAAUAUCUGGCAGGCCUGCAACAAGUGCCAUCCAGAUAUAAAGUUCUGCCUGAUACAGAGUUUAUACGGAAUCCAAGAUAUCUGAAGGUGCAGCAUCUAGCAGCACUCGAAACAGCCCUCCCAAAAUGACCAAAGCUCCCGGACUGAUAGACCAGGUUGUCCCCUACCAUGAGCCCAUGCCACCCGUUUUCAUUCGGAAGCUUCGCAAGGCUGCGGUGGGAACGGGCUGUGAUAUCCGCCUCAGGGUGUCAGUGGAAGGUACUCCAAGACCGUCACUUACCUGGUACCACAACGACACACUCCUGCCUCACACGGAAGCCCAGGACUCAGGAGGGUUGUGGAUACGGGACUGCCAUAUGUGGGACGCUGGCUUGUACACUUGCGUGGCCGCCAAUGAGCUGGGGAAGGCCAGCUGCAGCGCCAUCCUCGCCAUUAUGGAUCUUGGAGAAGACUCUGAGGGCACAGAGGAUGAGACCACCGAGCCCCAGAUGGAACCCAAAGGAGGGCUGGGGAGACACCAAGACAAAACCGCCCGGGGAGGACCUUUAGGUGAGGGGGAUCGGAUGAUGGAAAAUAACUCCGAUGCCUCUGCUCGCCGAGGUACCCUUCCAGGCUCCUAUGAUCCCGUCGUGGAACGAGAGCUCCGGAUGCUGGGCUCCCGUCCUCCAGGGCCCAACAUGGACCCUACAAACCCAUCCAGGAAACGCACACAGAAAUCUCCCAACACUCUGGUUAUCACCUCAGCAGAACACCAGUCUCCUCCAAGCAAGGAAAAUGACAGAUUCCCAAGUCCAACGGGGAAACACGAGUCCCCAGUCACAGUCAGGGAAUCCGAGUCACAGUAUCCGACAAAGCCUCCUCGCCUCAGCCCAUCACCCACACCUUCCAUCAGUCCACUUCUAAAGAGGAGGAAGGAGGAGAAAGUGGUCAUUCCUACGAUCCUGGUGGAAGAUGAAACCGAAACUGAAUGUGAUGCAGCCCAAAUGAGAACGAAUGAAGUGAAACGUGGUGCUGCAGAAGAGCAAAGUGGGAGACAAGAUGAGGAGCACCUGAGUCCACAGGCAUGCGUGAUGGAACUCCAUGGAUGUGCUUCUCCUACGACUAAAAAUGUCCAUUUCAAGGAGCCUCCCUCUUUCCAGGUGGGGCCAUGUGACCAGGCAGUGAUUGAGGGCCAAGAUGUUGUCAUCUCGGUAAAAGUCACCGGGCAGCCCAAACCGAUGAUUUACUGGCUGAAGGACAAGAUCCCAGUCAAAACAGCAGGACGCUUCUCCAUAAGGGAGAAGGAGGACGGGGCCAAUGAGAUCAAGAUCAUCUCAGCACAGAGGUCGGAUUCCGGACUCUAUGCCUGCAAGCUUGUCAAUGAGAGAGGAACAAAGCAGGAAGAGUGCAGAGUUGAGGUCAAAACUGCAGCACAGAUGCACCUGAAAAUUAUCCGAGAGAUCAAAGAGCUGAUGGUGGAGGCCGGCGAGUCGGCCAUGUUUGAAUGUCACAUCACAGGACCCCCAGAUGUGGAUGUGGAUUGGCUGUCCAAUGGGAAGCUGAUCCAGCCAGCGCUGCUUAACUGCAAGAUGCACUUUGAUGGCCGGAGAUGCCGCCUGCUGCUGAAUUCAGUGCAUGAGGAUGACAGUGGGACAUACACUUGCAAAUUGAGCACAGCUAAAGACGAGUUGACCUCCAGCGCAAACCUGAAGGUGACUCCCUCCAAGGAGCCGCUGUUCACCCGCAAGCUGGACAUCCUCGAGGUCAUUGCAGGUCGCACGGCCCGCUUGGACUGCAAGGUGAGCGGGUCACCGGCGCCACAAGUCACCUGGAUGCACUUUGAGUCCACAGUGGAGGAGAGUGACAAUGUGUGCAUCCUCAGCGAGGGGGGGCGUCACUCGCUUGUCAUAGCCAACGUCAGCAGUGACACAGAGGGCUUCUAUACGGCCGUGGCUCAGAACAUUUACGGGAAGGCUGAUUGUACUGCGGAGCUUUACAUACAAGAGCACAGGGCUGCAGUCUCUGCUCACAUGUCCAAACUUGAGAAGAUGCCAUCCAUCCCGGAGGAGCCAGAGCAGCUAGAGACUGAAGUGGUUAAGAGAACCAUGCCAGACUUUGUCAAGCCUCUCACUGAUUGUGAGGUGAUUGAAGGCAAAGAGGCGGUGCUGAACUGCAAGGUGACGGGCCUGCCUUAUCCCACCAUCACCUGGUACCACAAUGGAAAGCGCAUUGAGAGCAGCGAGGAGCGCCAAAUGACCCAAAACAGAGAUUUGCACAGUCUGGUCAUUCAGACUGCUUGUAAUGCUGAUGGUGGAGUCUACAAGGCUGUGAUUGCAAACAAAGUUGGCAAAGCAGCCUGCUAUGCACAUUUAUAUGUUUCAGAUAUUGUUCCAGAUCCACCUGAUGGCCCCCCGGUCAUUGAGGCCAUCACAGGAAAAACUAUAAGUCUCAGCUGGAACCAAUCAAAGAGAUUAAAUCCGUUUUAUGAUUCAGGCUCCUUGUCAUAUGUGCUCCAGCAGCAAGCCCUGGGCUCCAUCCAGUGGUCCACCGUGGCAUCCAACUUGAGGGAAACCAGCUACACCAUUACCGGCCUUUCCAAGGGGGUCCGCUAUGCUUUCAGGGUCCUGACGUCCACCGGCAAGACACUUAGUAGGCCUUCACCAUUCACAGAUCUGGUCCAGCUCCAAGACAGUGGACCUUAUUUGAGGAAAGCACCAGUCAUCAUCGACAUACCUGACAUUGUGUACGUGGUUGAGAAUCAACCCGUAAUCAUCACCGUCACCCUGAACCAUGUGCACGCCACAGUCACUUGGAAAAGAAGAGGCGUGGCAUUGGUCAACAAACCAGGGGUGUGCGAGAUGAGCAUGCCGGAUGAUGAUCAACACUCCCUGAAGCUUCAGCGUGUUGGAGCCUUGGACGUUGGCCAGCUCGUGGUAAUGGCCAGCAACCAGUUUGGCAGCGACCUCUGCACACUGCAGCUGGUCAUGGCAGUGCCACCGAAGUUUGAAACCAUCAUGGAGGAUGUGGACGUUUGUGCUGGAGAAACAUCCCGUCUUGCUGUUGUGGUCGAAGGGAAACCAGAUCCAGAUAUUCUGUGGUUCAAGGAUGAUCUGCUUCUCUCAGAGGGCAGCCACUUUACUUUUGUGUAUGAUGACCCAGAGUAUUCUCUUGUGAUCCUCAAUGCCCGUCCUGAACAUUCUGGGGUGUACACGUGCACGGCAAAGAACCUGGCCGCGUCCAACUCCUGCAAAGCUGAACUGACUGUUCACACAGAGCAAAAAGAGGACAAAGAGCCAAUGGAAGAUGAGGGAACCAUUCUCAGGAAGAUGCGACGCUUGACAGACUACUAUGACCUCCACAAAGAGAUAGGCAGGGGGACCUAUUCCUAUGUAAAACGGGUGACUCAAAAGAACGGUAAAAAGGGUUUUGCUGCCAAGUUCACAUCUGCUCGUGGAAAAAGGAAAGCCUUGGCCUUGCGAGAAAUGGAGCUGCUGUCUGAGCUGGACCAUGAGAGGAUCAUCUUCUUCCAUGAUGCCUUUGAGAAAAAUAAUUUGGUGGUGCUGAUAACGACAUUGUGUCACGAGGAGAUGUUAGAACGAAUGUGCAGAAGAACUACAGUCACAGAGCUGGAAAUUCGUCAAAUUGUUCAGCAAGUGCUGGAAGGCCUUCGCUACCUUCAUGAGAAAGGCAUCGCCCAUCUUGACAUAAAGCCGGAAAACAUUUUGAUGGCCGUUACCGGCAGUGACCAGAUCCGUAUUUGCGACUUUGGUAACGCCAUCAAACUGGAGUCAUCCGUGGAGCACUACUGCAAAUAUGGCACACCGGAAUAUGUGGCGCCAGAGAUUGUGAACCAAAGCCCUGUCUCCAGAGCAACAGACAUAUGGCCAGUCGCAGUUAUUACAUAUCUCUGUCUGACAGGAGUGUCACCAUUCGCCGGUGAAAACGACAGAGCCACAGUGUUGAACAUUCGCAACUACAAUGUGGCCUUUGAUGAGACCAUGUUCUCUGACCUCUGCAAAGAGGCGAAGGGGUUUGUCAUCAAGCUCUUGGUGGUGGACCGACUGAGGCCAAGUGCCACUGAGUGCCUUCGUCAUCCUUGGUUCAAGUCAGAAAGUAACAAGAGCAUCUGUACAACAAGGCUGAAGCAGGUUUUGGCUCGAAGGCGAUGGCAGCGCUCCCUAAUCAGUUACAAAUCAAAGAUGGUGAUGCGAACAAUCCCAGAGCUACUUAAUGACGCAUCAAGCCAUGUGUCCAUUGCUGUGCCACGGCAUUUAAAAGAAGGCUCUCCACCACCUUCAUCAUCCUCUGACUCAGAAGCAGACGUGGAUGAGCUUCCCUUCAUUCCUAUGCCACUAUCUAUGUUCUUCUCCGGUUCCAGAGUCUCCCUCAAUGAGAUUCCGGCAAAUGAACACGUCUCGGAAAGGCCCACUGAUAUUGCUGAUAGAACGAAGGACAAUCUGGGCACAGCUGGUAUCAAGGGAGAAGCUGGUGAAAGUGUGACACAUAAAGAUGAAAACCUAGACGAGCAGUUAAUUCAUCAGGCAAAAAGAGCUCCACUUCAAAAAGGUUUAAGUACGGAGACGGAAGAGUCUCAAACAAAAGCAAGAAGAUCUACAAUGAGAAGAGGCAGUUCUGCUGACUCUGCGUUGCUACUUCACAUGGACCCAGAACCUGGUGAUAUCAGUGAUGCGGCAGAAAUGAGCAGCAAGAGCUUGAAAAAGACAGUUUCUCUUGAACUCCCCAAUCGUAGCCCAAGCCCUGGAAUGACAAAGCUAAGCCAAGAGGAUUACGCCUUGAAACUGGAGCUCAUGAGACAACGGCUCCUCAGGGGAGCUACCCUCGAUAAAAAGAUGAGCGGCCUGCGAGGGCCCUUAUUUGAAACACUUGGCAUGGAAGAUGAGGGACAGACAGCAUCUCUCGAUCGCAAUCUGAGGAGAUCCAGAGCCGGACCAUCCACACUCAUGCGAGCUGCAUCCUCUGAAAGUGCAGGACAGGACACACCAAAGACCAAAGUUUUUCAGAAAAGCGCUUCCUUCACUCAAGAAGAUUCUGAACCCAUGCCCCUUCACCGCAGGUAUGGCGCUCCCUUAGAAAUCCCAUCUAUGAGCACUGCCCGCACUGAAGGGAAGAAGCUUCAGGAGGCAACAUCCAUGUCUGCCCUAACAGAACAAACGAUGAUGGAGUCACCUACGGAGCGCAACUCCUUUAUAUACCCAGCAACAGGGGAAGUGGACCAACAGGACAAACAGAAAAAUCAAGAGAAAAGGACCAAUAAAGAAAAGGUAACCCAAGCAGAAAAUGAGCCAAAAUCAUUCUCACUUGUUGCUCCUUUAAUUGUGAUCGAAGAGGACGAUGAAGCAGAGGACAAAAGGAAAGCUCUCCGUAUCAAUAAAGAGAACAUGAUGAAAGAGAAAGAAACCUCACGAAACACAAACGCAUCAUCUGCAUAUGAAAGUGCCUCAGAAGAAGUUGCCAAGUCAUCUGGAAAAUCUGACCAAGUCUGUUACAAGUUGAACGGCCAUGAGCGCAAAGACAUCGCUCCUUCACCUCAACACCCGGCUGUGUUUGCCAAAGUGGCAAUUGCGGAUCGAUCUUCUAGUUCCCUCUCCUCAUCUUCGAACCCAGAAAUUCCUGGCAUGCCGCGCCAACCACUACUCAGAACAGAUAUCAAAGACAUUGACUCGGAGGAGAUCUUUGAAGCCAGAUUCAAAAAGAGGGAGUCAUCUUUGACUCGCAGCCUUCGAAUGCUAGCCAGAAACAAAUCAGAAGAAAAAUCGCCGACGCUGAACCGUAGGAUUGGUCAUCCAGACGAUGAGGUUUACAGGCCAGGGCAGAGAGGAGCCCCCCUUGAAAUGGUCUCCAGAGAGAAGUCCAAAUCAGUUCAAGACCUACGGGAAGGUAAGGAAAAAGAAGCAGGGCUAAGCCUUAUAGGGCGGUGGUCAAUGCGAGGAAAGAGAUCAACAUCAGCUGAUAAAAAAGUGGAGAAAUCAACGGAAAGAAAGACUCUGGCUACUCAGGAAAGUGCAGCCCCUAAGAGAGUUACGUGGGCAAUUGGUCGUAGUAAAUCUUUGGACACAAAGGAGCAGGAAGAAAAAGCACAAACAAAAGCUGAUGAGUCUGCCGUGUCUGCUAUGAGACGCAUGUUUGAGUCGAAAAUGGCUGGAAUCUCUGCCAAAAUAAGGAGCCAGUCUGAGGACAGGAAAGAUAAAACUGCAGAGGGAAGUCAGAAAGAGCAACAGCUGAGGAGGCUCACCGAUUCUACGAUCCUAGCAAUGCGACAGAAGUUUGAGAAUAAAACUUGCCCAAAAAUCCGCAGUCAAUCAGACCAAAGACAAGAGAACACAGAGGAAAAGAAGACACCCCUGUUUUCUCGUCAUCGCCACUCACACUCCGAGGGGCGAGGACUGAAAGGAAUGGGCGUGCUUGAGAAUCAGCUUGCAAAACAGGCAGGCAUGGGCGCGCCAAAGGAAUCGAUGGAAUCCACUUCCAGUAUUCAAUCCGAGAAAGAGAAUGACCGGCGGUCUAGAUGGGACAGGUGGGGUCUGACAAAGAGCAAGAAAGACAAAACACCUUCUCAGACUGACCUCAUUUUACUCACCCCAAAAGAGGAAGAGACUUCCCGCACUCAGAAAUUUUCCCGUUCCGGAUCUGAUUUCCCACCUGUGUUCCACAUCAAACUCAAAGACCAAAUCUUGCUUGAGGGAGAACAGGUCACCCUGAGUUGUCUCCCUGCCGGAAGUCCACAUCCUGACAUCGCAUGGAUGAAAGAUCGGAAAGCUCUGGAUGCGGAGGAGCGAAUCAGUCUGAUCUCCCAUCCGGAUGGCAGGCAGCUUCUUACCAUAUUGAAGUGCAGUCAAAGAGAUGCUGGGGUGUACGAGUGUGUAGCUACCAACACCCUCGCUGCCAUCACCACUUCUUGUACAUUGACGAUAGCUUAUGUUCCCAAGCGACCUGGAACCCCUGAAGUCCCUCAGACGUAUAACAACACUGCCCUGGUGCUGUGGAAGCCAUCCGACACCAAGCCUCCGUGCAGCUACACAUUGGAAAGAAAGACGGAAGGAGAUUCAACGUGGCAAACUGUUGCCACUGGAGUGGUUGACUGCUACUACAAUGUCACUGACUUACCAAGAGGUGACGUGUUCCGGUUUCGCGUGUUCUGUGAGAACAAGGCAGGACAAGGGCCACAUAGCAAUUGUUCAGCUCCAGUCAAUUUGGAUUCGGCAGAGUCUUCCCCCGUGGCUGGUAUUGUUAAGACCGCUGCAAUAUCUGGACCUCUGCCAUCCCACUCAAGUUUCGUCCCAGACACAUCCACAAUGAUUAUUCCAACCUCCACUAUGACAGGACCUGAAAAUGCAGCCUCCCCACUGGCAUCCCUUCCUCCUGCAGUACUGCCAUCAUCCCAUGGGGCUUCAAGAUGUAUAGAGACCUCGUCAGCCCCAUCUGCAAACACAAACAGGCAGACGGAUGCUCCAAAAAUCAGCGAUAAGGUUCCAUCUGUACCAUUUAUACCUGCCAAACUCCAGAGUCCAGUGAAUAUUGUGUCUCCUAUGACUCAGACCCCAACCACUCUUGUAACUCCUCCUUCAAGUCCCACCAAACCCACCUUAGCGCCCAUGUACAUCCCCAUCACCACAGCCCCAUCCCAAAUGUCCUUCCCUCCUAAAGUGCUCCAAAUAUCGAGCCUGAGCCCCAUGGGUGAUGGGACCUGUGCGCCCACCAGAAGCACACCAGGUGCUCACACUACGCCCUCCACGGCUCUGCGCCAAGGGGUUCCACAGAAACCUUACACAUUCCUGGAGGAGAAAUCCAGAGGUCGCUUCGGAGUAAUCCGUGAGUGCCGUGAGAACGCCACAGGCAAAGUGUACAUGGCCAAAAUUAUUCCCUACACUCAAGAGAACAAAAAGGAAGUGCUGAAGGAGUAUGAGAUCCUGAAAUCUCUGCACAAUGAAAAAAUCAUGGCUCUGCACGAAGCCUAUGUCACGCCUCGCUAUGUUGUGCUGGUGGCAGAGAACUGCUCCGGCAAAGAGCUGCUGCACAGCCUCGUAGAAAGGUUCCGCUACUCUGAAGAUGACGUGGUUGAUUACUUGGUCCAGAUCCUCCAGGGAGUCGAGUACCUCCACAACCGCCGAGUCCUACACCUAGACCUGAAGCCCGACAACAUAAUGGUAACAAACCUCAACGCCGUCAAAAUUGUGGACUUUGGAAGUGCUCGGAGCUUCAACCCACUUAGCCUCAAGCAGCAGAACUUCAGUGUAAUAUCACUGGAAUACAUGGCUCCUGAGAUUGUGAAAGGAGAAGUUGUGGGGCCUCCCGCAGAUGUUUGGACUGUUGGCGUUGUGACUUACAUCAUGCUCAGCGGCCAGCUGCCCUUUGAAGACAAAGAUCCUCAGCGUGUGAAAUCCAAGAUUCUGAUGGCGAAGUUUGACCCAAAGAGACUUUACCCCAACGUUUCCCAAAGUGCCUCAGCCUUUGUCAAGAAGAUGCUGAGCAGUUACGCUUGGGCCCGCCCCACCACACGGGACUGCUUCACACAAGCCUGGCUACAGGACUCUUACAUGAUGAAGCUGAGGAGGCAGACACUCACCUUCACCACGGGCAGACUCAAAGAGUUCUUGGUGGCGCAGCAGUCCCACCGUGCUGAGAGCACAACCAAGCACAAGGUGCUGCUGCGCAGCUACCAGAGCACGCCCAAGCCCCCAUCAUCCGAGCCUGGGUCGCAUGUUCCCGACUCAAAGUGAAAUUCAUGAGGACGGAGCCAUUCGCGUGACUUGCAUUUGGAAACUUGCCAUUUGAUGCGUCGCUCACUGCUCUGUUCUUGAGUACAAAGACUGCAAAAUCUAGUCUCAACUCGGAAUAAAAUGUGUCAAUGCUAUUGCGGUUGACUGCACAUUUCCAACAACCUUGCCCCUUUUCAGCAAAACAAAUUCAAAAACUCACUUAGCACAAACCAUCGCCGUUCUUGUUUGAUAUAAACCACCACCCAUGCGAAUGUAUACCAUACUUUGAGCUGCUAAUUUAUGUUGGUGUUGACUUAUGUUUCUUACACUUUAGAUCUCAACCCCUCCAAAAAAACCCAAAGGUUUCCUUAAAACUGUUUACUUUUUUUCAUGUUAAUUUAUUUGCAUGCGUGUGCGAGUGCAAGCAUCUCUGCAUCACUUUUUUCACUCACUAAGAAGGAAAAAAAAGCUGUGUCUUUGUGGUUGCUGGAUCAGGAUCACACAGCUAAUGUCUGCAUCUGUUGUUGAACAUGCAUUACAGGUACCGUAGGACGCACACUGGUUACUUGCUGCGAUUCCUUACACCUAGUUCGGUGAAAUCAUGUUUGCCCAGUCAGUGCCUAGUUUGGAGGAAAAUCCAAAAUAUAUUUCUUAGCUAAUGUGUCUGAUGUAGAAAUUCACAUGCGAUGAGCAAGUUGGACAAAUAUUUAUCACUGCUGUUGCAAUUUUACAAGUCAGACUGACAGAAACUAGAGCAUUUAAUAGUUGUGUGUGUUACUCUCACAGCACUUCUUUUUGUAUGAAUUUGGAUGUUUGAAGAGUUGUAAAUGUGCCACCUUGCUGUGUUUAUAUGUGGGAUAUGUUGUUUUUCCAGAGACAGUAUGUAAUAAAGUACAAAUUGCCUAUU